UCGAUGUUGUGCAAUGAAUGGGGAGGGACCGAACCUGCAAUCCGGCUCGCUGAGAGCGCGAAAUCGCCUUCGUCUUGGUCUUUCCGGAGUCUUUGCCCGCCUUUCCACCAGCCUGGACGAGAUCAGUAGACGCGCCACAAGUGACUUGAGUCCACACAGAAGGAUGCAAAAGGAAGUGACAUCGGGGAGCCCAGAGGAAGAAGGAGCGCACAAAAGAGCGUGGGAAAGUCUGACCCCUUUUCUGCGAUGGGACUCGACCCAGCGGAGGACAUCACGGCAUUUGCAGCGCUCUCCCAGCACGCAGUAACACAUCCACACUGAGUGUCCAUUAGUUAAUAAGUAUCCAUUGUGUUUCCUUCACAUAUUGCGAUGUAGAGCGACAUUUUUUUUUUUUAACAGGAUUACCAAUUUUCAUUGGUUGCACGGGCGAUACAGUGUGCAGAGUGGGAUGAUUCAUGACUCUUAAGGGAUUUUACAUAUGCAACCCCCCCCCCCCCCAUGCAGCACUUUGACAGAUGGCCCAAUGGGGAUGCAGAGCUGGGAGGAAGGGAGGAAAGAAGGCCGAAAAGGAGGGCUGGACGAAGAAGACAAUGCAAAUAGAUUUUAGUGUGUGAGUGUGUUUGGGCGUGUCAUUUGUUACUGAAAGAAGAAAUAAUCUCAGCAAUGUUGUCCUACUGGCAAUGUAUUAAAUAUAUCCGUCCAUUUAGUAUAGCACGUCAUAGUAAGUGCUGGAUAAAAUUAAUGGAUGAAUGUAUCCAAAAUUAAAUAUGUAGUGCUGUAAAUCAAGCGGCAUUCAAUGAGCCGUUGGUGAAUUUUCCUUUGCAUUUCUUUUGCGGCCACCGUAGCAAGUGUAGUGGGGGGGGGGGGGGGCUCGUAAAGUGCCCCGUGCUUGUGAAAGUUCCGGGCCAGGACUUCAAAAUAAAAUCUCAGCGAACGAAAACCGUUUCAAACUCGACAUAUCUCACCGUUCACGAAACACAAGAAGUUGGAAAAGCCGAAAGCGGGGAUGUUCCUCGCUGGACGGGAUUCAUACGGAUAGUUGUCAUGAUUCUUUGAUGGUCUCCUUUUUGAUUGUGUACGAAAACGGCGUCUGCUCCGUGUUAUUGUUACGACACGCGCGUGCUCGACGCCACUUCCCGGAAGAUUGACAGCUUCGCCCCACUCUUGGGCGGUUUUGGUGACGCGACUUCCCAGUGUCGAGUUGACGGCCGCGGUGAGGCUUCUGCACUUUUUCGGGGGGUUCCGAUUUUCGCCGAUCUGAACGCCAUAAUGCCCGACUGUUCGUAGGUUUCGUCGAAAGGGAGACGGCGCGGGGCCGGCGGAGUGACGAGGGCGCCGGAAACAAAGUAACAAGAGGCGAGCCCCCCCACCGCCGCCACCCCCGACGCGAGGGCUUGAUGGCGGCUGGGGAUGGAGCCCAGCUGCCGGCCACGGUCGCGGCCAGUCGGAGCGUGGAGAAAGCCCUGGAGGACGCCGCCGCCAGCGGGGCUCUCAACUUGGCCAACCGAAAGCUCAAAGAGUUCCCACGGAGCGCCAAGAACUACGACCUGUCCGACAUUACCCACGCAGAUCUGUCAAAGAAUCGUCUGUGUGAGCUGCCGGAGGAGCUCGGUCACUUUAUCUCGUUGGAGACGCUGAGCCUUUACCACAAUGGGAUGCGUUCGCUGUCCCCCUGCCUGGGGAACCUCCAGGCCCUCACCUACCUCAAUCUCAGCCGUAAUCUGUUGUCCAGUUUAUCUCCGUCUGUGUUUGAGCUUCCCCUCCUGCGAGUGCUCAUCGUCAGCAACAACAAGCUCUCCUCGCUGCCCGCCUCAAUAUUUGCCCUCGUACAUCUUCGACAGCUGGACGUGAGCUGCAACGAGCUGCGGUGUUUGCCCGCGGAGCUCGGCCAGCUGGAGUGUCUGCGGGAUUUGAACCUGAGGAGGAACCAGCUCAGCGCUUUGCCCGAAGAAAUUUCUGAGCUCCCCCUCAUCCGCCUGGAUGUGUCCUGCAACCGGAUUACCCAGGUGCCCCUGUGCUACCGCCACCUGCGGCACCUCCAGAGCAUCUCGCUGGACAGCAACCCGCUGCAAAUGCCCCCCGCGCAGAUCUGUUCCAAGGGCAAAUACCACAUCUUCAAGUAUCUGAACGUGGAGGCCUGCAAGAGGAGCCAAGAGGAGCUGGAGAGACACCUGAGGCCCACCGGCUUUAACAGCUGUUUGUCUGACCAAGAGCUGUUUACCAGUCAGUUCGGAGGGCUGGACUCUGGUUUUAACAGUGUCGACAGCGGCAGCAAAAGAUGGUCCGGGAACGAGGCAACAGAUGACUUCUCAGAACGUUCCCUCCGGAUAUCUGAGGUCAGCAGAGACCAGCGAAAUCUGGAGGAGGAGGAGGAGGAGGAAGAAGAAGAAGAGAAGGAAUCUCACCUCGAAGUCAGCAAAGUCAACGGCCGAGGGGAGCGGGUCGACUUCAUCGACAGCAGCGUGACGGAAGAAGAGGAGGAGGAAAUGAAGACGGGUCCUCCCACGCCACCUCUUGUUGCGCUGGAGUCGAAGGAGAGAACUGUGCUGUCCCACGACGAGGCUCCAAUACGGCGAUCCAGUCUUCACGUGGAGGUCGCCACCCGGUUACCCUCCCCCUCGCCGUCGCCCCAGUCCCCCUGCAGCCCCAGCAUGGAGGAGCGCCGCCGGCCAGGCACGCUGCUCAUCUGGCAGGAGCGAGAGCGACUACAACAGCAGCACCACCAGGGAGACAAGCCCAGCUUGGUGAAGUCAUUCAGCAAGACAGGAAGUCUUGUCACCUCUGCAGCACUGACAGGAAGUAGUCGCGCCGACGGCCCAACACCAGAAAGCAGUCCCUCCCACUGUGGCCUCCGACUGAGAUGUACCAGUACUGAACACGCUGACGCUUUGAGUUCUUCGGCGACGCCGCAUCUCCAAUGCUCAAGAAGCAGAACAGCAGAACCCCGAAGUCUUGCAGAGGGACCGUCCUCUCCGAAGACAUCGCCGCCUGCAUUGAACCAGAAACCCAACAGCUUCCUGUUCCGGACCUCAUCCCGAAGCAAUGUCCGACCUUCAGUUUUCUCCCUCAGCGAAACCAGUAGGAGCGAGUCCCGCGCGAGCGUGCGUUCACCUAAAGAGGAGAGGGCGGAUGCUGCGCAGCUCCGUAAGACGUUGGAAACCCGACUCAAGAUUACCCUGGCCGAAGACCUGGGGGAGGCGCUGUCCGACGGCACCGUCCUCUGUCAGCUGGUCAACAGCGUCCGAGCACGUUCUGUGUCCAUCAUCCACAUUCCGUCCCCUGCAGUGCCCAAACUGAGUUCAGCCAAGUGUCGACUCAACUUGGAAAACUUCGUUGCCGCUUGCCGCAAGCUGGGCGUCCCCGAGACGGACAUGUGUGUGUGCUCUGAUGUGCUUCUGUCUAAGCUGCCCCGCGUGCUGCGCUGCGUGGAGGCCUUGCUAGCCCUGGAGGAUGGAACCCAGCUCCUGGCCGCAGACUUCCUGCUCUUCUACUGCGUGGCCAUGGCGCUGCUCUACGUCCUCUACUACUACCUGCUCGCCUAAGCGCACACACACCCUCACCCACACCCACAGCACAAAGCCCUGAAAUGCCUCCGCUUAGCCUUGCAACACAGGGAGAACCGCUACACGUCCUCCAUUUUCUCCCCGGAAUGUGUUUUUUUUAUAUUUAUGGCGAAAGCAUCAUACAGGGUGACGACAUUCAGCAACGUAGUGUUAAGCGCCCCCCCCCACCCCUUUAUUUGUACUUUUUUUUUUUUUUUUUUUGCACUGUUUGAAAAAGGAAGUUUUGCGUGAGCCGAAGGCAAACUGUGAAUGUCUGCUUUUUGAUGGGUUUACCAUUUUGGAACCUUUGCAAGCGAGACCCGAGUGCCUCCGAACUGACAAGACUGACGUCUUGUGCCCAAACUCUUAAUGGUACAGACUACUUUUUGACUUUUUUUUUUUUUUUGUCGACUGGCUGACUGUGUAUAGAUGUAAACUUGUUAUUAAAUUAUAUAUAUUUUGUAUUUAUUUUGAAAUUGCCAAAAGGCGCUCACUAAGAAACUUCCGAAAGGUUGAACAGGGAAAUGUGAUCCAUAUUCUAUUAUUCAGGCUGAAAAUGCUGAGUCCCCCCCACUUGCAUUUUAGCACUGUAGUACAUCGAUACUCUUAUCGGCCUUCUUGCACAUUUCUGUCAAUGUCGUUGCGGGUCAUUGGAAAAAAAAUAAAAAAUUUCCACACAGACCGUUUUGAGAUCUCACGGUUGGCCGAUGCCAAAUGCCCAAAUUUACCCCGAUUAUCGGCGCGUCCGUACCUUAUACUUUACGAUUGUACACUGGUGACUUUUCCGAGUACAUCUGCUCGGAAAAAGCACCUCGCGUAAUCAUCGGCAUCAUCUUUUCAGCGAGAUCUGACUCCAAUCGCACAAAGGGGAAUGUUUUUUUUUUUUAAUCUGGAGCGAUUAUCGGGAUGCACUGGAUUUAUCUGCCUCGCUCAAUUCUCAUGAGUUGACACUAAGUCAAAAUGAAUGACAGCUGUUGUCGGUUUGAUUUCUUCCGGUUUGGCUCCCGCCGUUAGCCAAGCUGUCCUGCUGCUGUCUUUCUAUGUCCAAUGUUUGAAUUCAAUGUUUAUUUUGUAAGUCGAACCGGCCCGGUCCGCCGGUUUCCAGCUAUUCUGAAACAUAUCUGGAAAGCAGAAUUUCCCAGCUACCUUUUUUUUUUUUUAUACAUAUAUAUUUGUAUACUUUUUCAAGUUAUAUAAAUAUAUUUGCUAGAGGUUUCCUCCCUUCCUGUUGUGAAGAAUUUAUUGAAACGCCACUGUUGUAAAGAAUUUAUUAAAAAAAAUGGACAUUGACACGUUGCUUUUUUGGGGGGCGGGGGGAGUCUUUCUGAAAACAAAAAACUGAGCCACACAAAAUCACCAAACUGCCUUUUAUCGGACUUGCAUCGGGCUCUGUGAGUAUCGUGGACCUGACAAAAUAGGAAGUAUCAAAAUCCGGCAUGAUUUGUACAUUUCUGUUGAAAAAUGCAACAACUGAACCCCCCCCCAUUUCCUCCUG